UCCGCGUACAAGGCGGUGAUGUCCAACGGGCUGUCGGUGGUGGUCAAGAGAAUGAGGGAAAUGAACAAGCUGGGGAAGGAUGGGUUCGAUGCGGAGAUGAGGCGCAUGGGGAGGCUGCGCCAUCAGAAUAUAUUGACGCCUUUGGCCUACCAUUACAGGAGAGAGGAGAAGCUGAUGGUGUCGGAGUACAUUCCAAAAGGCAGUCUCUUGUAUGUGCUGCAUGGGGACCGCGGAGCCUGCCAUGCUGAGCUGAACUGGGCGACCCGGUUGAGGAUUGUGCAGGGGAUCGCGAGGGGAAUGGGGUUCCUCCACUCGGAAUUCGCCACGUACGAUCUGCCGCACGGGAAUCUCAAGUCCAGCAACGUUCUUCUAAGCGACAACUACGAGCCCCUUCUGAGCGACUACGCGUUUCAUCCCCUGAUCAACCCCAACAAUGCCACCACCGCAAUGUUUGCGUACAGAUCCCCGGAGUACACGCAAUACCAGGAAGUUUCUCCAAAGUCUGAUGUUUAUUGCCUUGGCAUUAUCAUUCUCGAAAUUCUGACCAGCAAAUUUCCUUCUCAAUAUCUUAGCAAUGGCAAGGGUGGCACGGAUGUGGUGCAGUGGGUCUCCUCCGCAGUUUCCGAGAAGAGGGAGGCCGAACUCAUCGACCCAGAGAUCGCAAACGACACCGCUGCACUCGAUCGGAUGGUGGAGCUCCUCAGAAUCGGCGCAGAUUGCACCAACAGCAAUCCUAAGCAACGGCCAGAAAUGAAGGAAGCCAUUAGGAGAAUAGGAGAAAUAUAAAUAUAAUUAAGGAGGAGAGAGAGAGAGAGAGAGGACAAAGCAAUGUUAAUUAAGCUGCAAAUACUUUUUUUUUUUAACAAAAAGAAAAUUUUAAAAACAGAAAAAACAAACAAAAAAAAAGAACUAAUGUUGUUGUAGAGGGAUAGUUUUGAUUGGAAUCUGUGAGUAAGUAGGGAAGCGAUGGAGCAGGAGGGUAGGAGGAGAGGUUUGUGAGCGCGUCUCAAUCCCCUGCCGGCCGCCGCCACAUCACUAUCACAUAUCUUCGGCUCCGCCUGUUACCUGUAACAUUAUUUAUGUAUAUCACAUCAUCAGUUCACUACCUCUGUAUUUUUUACAUGUAAAUGAACCUCUGGGGGGUUGGGAUUUGUUAAUUAGUUCCUUUUUUUUUUCUCUUUAUUCGUUUC